AUGGCUAACGAUGAAAAAGGCGUAUUUAGCUUGUCCAAAUUGGCGUUUCACGCUUGCCGCUCCUCUGAGCAGCAAAAAUAUUAUGAUAAUAAAGAUGUUCCUUUAAUUGAUCUUAAAAUGUGUUGUAAAUUGUUGUUAGACAUCGUUAAGGUAAAUAGUGAAGAUGGUCGUUUCAAUCCGAAUGCCAAUAGGAUGUAUAUGUUCAGCAAGGUGAAGUCCAUAUGCAGAAAUCGUGAAUUCAAAUAUUUAUGCACAAUUGCAGUAAGUAACGGGCAUUUCGAUUGUCUUCAGUUCGCCCACMACAUCGGAUGCGAAUGGGACAAAUUUACGUGUACCCGAGCUGCCACAUUUGGGGACUUAAAAAGUCUCCAGUUUGCAUAUGAGCAUGGAUGCUCAUGGAAUGAAUUGACGUGCUCAGAAGCUGCACAUUCAGGUAAAUUGGAUUGCCUAAUGUAUGCWAGGGCCAAUAAUUGUCCUUGGGACGAGUCGACGUGCGCCGAAGCUGCACAUUGUGGACAAAUUGAUUGUCUCCGGUAUGCACAUGAACAAGGUUGCCCGUGGAAUGAAAUUACGUGCAUUUACGCUGCUACUUCUGGGAGCUUAGAAUGUCUACAGUAUGCUUUUAGUCAUGGAUGCCCUUGGCCGACAGACAUAUUGUGCUCCUACGCCGCAGAAUUUGGACAUCUCGACUGUUUAAUUUUCGCGCAUGAUAAUGGUUGUUUGUGGAAUGAACKAACGUGUGCCAUAGCCGCAAAAAAUGGACACUUACACGUUCUCAAGUACUUGCAUCUCAACGGUUGUCCUUGGGACAUAUUAACAUAUGAAAUGGCGAAGUACGCUAAUCAAACAAGAUGCUUAGAAUACGCCAUCUCAAAUGGAUGUCCAUCGACCAAUCCAAUCGUUAGUGAUGACGAUGAGUAGAAAUCUACUUAACUUUAUUUUCACAAACACUUACGAAAAAAAU